AUAAGUAGUCUGCGCAUUAUACACUAUACAGUAAUUUUUCUUGACCAUAUUUCGAAAUCGCAUUAUUGUAUAUGAAAAGAAACUAAAGAUUUAUAUUUUUUAGUCUUGAAUUUAAAGCGCUGAAUACUAGUACUGUUUUUACUAACCUAAAUUGUAUAUUCAUAACAUAUUUUUAUUACAACCACGACCUCUUUCGUAUAGUACAAGCAGCAAAAAAGUUGGCUCAUACGGUGGAAUCAACACACAUACCUUCUAAUAUUAAAAAGAUGAAACCUACAGUAGCUGCUGACGAAAUGUUUCCUGAAGGAGUUGGACCAUAUAUGGACAUGGAAGAGGCUGGUGGACCUUCCAAUUUAUUAAUGGAUUUAGCUGCAAAUGAGAAAGCUGUGCAUGGAGAUUUUUUCAAUGAUUUUGAAGAUUUGUUUGAUGAUGACGACUUACUAUAAAAACAUGCAAUGAAUACUAAAAUUGAUGAAUUGUCUAUGUAUUUCUUUACAGAUAAUAAUUUAUUGGAAGUGGUAAAUAAAUUACUUUUAGAACAUAGUUAUUGUAAAUAUAUUAAUUUUGUAAUUCUUGUUCAUCAUAAUUUACUGCUAACUGAUAAAGUAUUUAGCCUGACAAUAGUCAUAUCAAAAGCAUAGUUUUUAUAUUAAAAAUUGCAUUGUAGUAUAAAAAACAUAGAAUUAUAAAUUUUUAUAAGUAAAUAUAAUAAUUUAAUCAUU